GGAAGAGACCCCCCAGGCCAGUGCCUUGGACCCGUGGGACGCCCACCAUGCCACCCCGAGGGCCAGCCUCUGCGCCGCUGCUGCUGCUGCUGCUGCUGCUGCUGGGGGCGGCCACCGCUGCUCCUCUGGCACCGAGACUCUCCAAGGAGGAGCUGACCCGCUGUCUGGCAGAGGUGGUCACAGAGGUGCUGACCGUGGGCCAGGUCCAGAGAGGACCCUGCACUGCUCUUCUCCACAAGGAGACGUGCGGGACAGAGCCCCCUGGCUGUGCAUCCACCCAGGAGAAAGGCCUGCUGCUUGGGGAUUCCAAGAAGCAGGAGGCUGGGAAGACGAGGUCCAGCCAGGAGGUGAGGGAUGAGGAAAAGGAGGAGGUAGCAGAGAGGACCCACAAGUCCGAGGUCCAGGAACACGCCAUCCGUGAGCAAGGGCACCGCCAGCUCCACCGGGAGGAGGACGAGGAGGAGCAGAGGAAGAGGGGGCCCAUGGAGACCUUCGAGGACCUGUGGUGGCAGCACCAUCUAGAGAAUGGAAGGGACCUCCAGAAGCGGGUGGCAGAGAAGGCCAGCGACGAAGAGACGGCCCAGUUCCAGGCAGAGGAGAAGGGGGUGCGGGAGCUGGGCGGGGACCGCAGCCUGUGGCAGGGGGCCGAGAGAGGCGGAGGAGAGAGGCACGAGGACUCACCCCACCACCACCACCAGCAGCAGCCAGGGGCUGAGCCCAGGCAGGAGGAGAAGGAGGCUUCAGAGAGAGAGGAACAGGAGGUAGAGCGGCUGGAGCACUUGAGAGACGAACUGAAGAAGGUGACAGAGACGCUGGGGGGGCAGCUCAGGAGGGAGGGCUGACCCCUGCCUCAGGCCCUCCUUCCUCCCGACACACCCUGUGGCUUAGGACUGUUGACCCCAAAGCCUCCACCUCACCUAGCACCCCAAGCCACCCCUACCCAAGCAGGGGAGGAGAUGGGCGUGCCUUGGAAACACACCCAAGGAGGCGAGUCUGAGCUGGGCAGGGGGCUGGGCUCAGCCCCGACUGAGGAAGCACCCCCACACCUAUGCACUCCCACCCCAACCCUUCUGAGUGAAUAAAGCGCAAAGAAACGCA